AUGCGCAGUGCCCUGCUUCAACUCAUUUACGCCGUCGCAUCAGAUAAUAUCGAUCUCGACCGAAUUAAACCACUGCUCAAAGCUGCCUUUACGGAUACUUCAACAGACGAGCAGAUAUGGGAGCUUGUAGACCUUUUAGCAACAGAAUCUACGCCUCUCCCUCGAGCGAUUACCUCCUCCUCCUCCUCCUCCUCCUCCUCCUCCACCACCUCCAUUCAACAAACCCUAUGGCUCCACAACACGAGCAGUUUUGCAAACUCCUCAGAGUACCGCCAAGACGUCGAUAAAAUCCUUAAAUCAGUACUUGGCCCUCUGGAAGGCGACAAUGCCCUCUUUGCCAAUGGUUGGAACGGAUGGCCAAAAGAUGCAAGCCAGGAAGAUGUCUUGAGUUGGCUUGUAGAUCUGAUUGAGAAGCUGGCAACUUUCUCAGCAGACAAAAGUCCUGGAACCGCACCCCUGCGGAGACCGCUUGCACAGCCCCAAAAACCUAUCCAAGGCUCUACGGGAGAGCGCAAGCUAGACAUCGAAUUUGUAAGUGUCGCAACUGCGGCAAAGGACACUCGAUGUCAGUGGUCACAAAUUAUCAUUCCCGGGCAGCUAAAAAGCAAUCCGGCAGCUGACACCGCCGCCAAAGCAUGGCUUGACCUGGGGAGGUACGCCAGGGAAGUCCUCGCGGCCCAAGAUACUCGUCGCUAUGUCCUUGGCUUUACAUUGUGUGAGUCAGUCAUGAGAAUAUGGGCGUUUGAUCGUCUUGGAGGGGUCGCAUCCGAACAAUUCGAUAUUAACGAGGAUGGGCUUCACUUUGUGUCCACUAUCUUAGGGUUCAUGUGGAUGAGCGAGACAGUCUGCGGAUUUGACCCCACUAUAACUAUACAAAAUGGCAGGCGAAUGAUCGAAAUUGAACGGAACGGUCAGACAGAACGACUCGUCCUUGACAGCGUGUUGGAACGCGCGCCUUGCAUCGCGGGUCGAGCAACAACAUGCUGGAAAGCAUAUCGUGAGACGGACCCUCAAAUUCCACUCGUUGUCAAAGACUCCUGGCAGUAUACAGAACGCGACGAAGAAGGCGAGCUUCUUCAAGAAGCCACCGAAAGAGGUGUCAUCAAUGUCGCGCGGUACUACCACCAUUCGACCGUUCGCGUCCGCGGUCAGCCUGAUGAUGUCCGGGACAAUAUUCGAGGUGGGUUAGACAUCAGGACCGCCAGAAACUAUCGGCCAGAACGGUCGGCGCUUUUGAUAGACACAAGCGCAUUCAAUGCUCCGCGAAAGGGUCGUAACGGCGGCAGAACCGGCACAAAACGCUCUUCCAGUCAAACUGGUGCUUCUCUGCCACCUACGAAGCGAUCGUACUCUGCAUCUUCAACCAAGCUACGUUGUAAUUCACUGCCAAAUCGAGUUCAUCUGCGGGUCAUCGUGCGCGACUUCGGCAAACCAAUUUACAAGGCAAGCUCACACACUGCCCUGCUCGCUGCAUUAGAGGGCUGCAUUGUAGGACACCAGUCUUUGCAAAGAGCAGGAAUUCUCCAUCGAGAUGUAUCCAUCAACAACCUCAUGAUCAACGAGAAUCAAGAGAAUCCUUCAUGGCCAUCAUUUCCCAUCGAUCUUGACCUGGCCAUCAAGGAGCAGCGAGUCAGCGUUACGGGGGCAAGUGGAAAGACUGGGACGAGGGCCUUUAUGGCUAUUGGCUCACUUCUGGGCGAGAAACAUUCUUUUAUGCAUGAUCUUGAAUCGUUUUUCUGGGUGUUUUUCUGGAUUUGUAUUCACUACGAGGGGUCUGGUGUUGGAAGAGUCGUUGGUCGAUUUGACAAGUGGAAUUACGCGGAUACCGAGGAGUUGGCUGGUAUGAAGAAGGGCGAGAUAUCCGACGAGGCGGAUUUUGUGAGAUUCGCAACCGAUUGUUUCACGGUGUACUACCAGCCACUCAUUUCCUGCGCUAAUGCGCUUCGGAAGGUGGUCUUUCCCCAUGGAAGGAGGUGGUCGAAGGAAGAUCCUGGAUUAUACAGCCGGAUGACAGAGAUCCUUAGGGGCGCUCAGACAGAUAUGCCCCAGCCCGUAUAA